AUGCAGGUCUCAUUCGCCUGCACAGAGCACAACCUCAAAAGUCGAAGUGAGGAUCGACUUUGUGGCCUUCGCACCGCCCCACCACCAGGAGGCAGCAGUGGAGGGGUGGGGGGCAGCAGUGGGGGAGGAGGGGGAGGAGGGGGCAGUGGAGGUGGAGGAGGAGGUGGGGGCAGUGGUGGAGGAUCUGGAGGGAGCGGACAGGGGAGCAAUGGGAACUACAUCUCCCAGGGGUCUGUGAAGAUCAAAGAGGCCCCAGCAUCAAGGCAAGCCCCCCAGGGACACGCCCACAUGAAGGAAGCCAUAGGAAGACACACCACCAUGAAGUACAGGAACCUGGGGAAAUCAGGUCUACGAGUGUCCUGUCUAGGACUAGGAACAUGGGUGACAUUUGGCUCACAAAUCUCAGAUGAAAUGGCAGAGAACCUAAUGACCAUUGCGUAUGAGAAUGGGGUGAACCUGUUCGACACAGCGGAGGUGUAUGCGUCAGGAAGAGCGGAAAUCACUUUAGGAAACAUAAUCAAGAAGAAGGGAUGGAGACGUUCAAGUUUUGUCAUCACAACAAAGAUUUACUGGGGAGGCCAAGCAGAGACUGAGAGGGGCCUGUCCAGAAAGCACAUAAUUGAAGGUUUACGAGGAUCCUUGUCUAGACUUCAGCUAGAUUAUGUAGAUAUUGUUUUUGCCAACAGAAAUGAUGUUAACAGUCCAAUGGAGGAGAUUGUACGCGCCAUGACAUUCGUAAUAAACCAGGGUAUGGCCAUGUACUGGGGCACGUCACGCUGGAGUGCAAUGGAAAUCAUGGAGGCAUACUCAGUAGCACGGCAGUUCAAUCUGAUUCCACCUGUGUGUGAGCAGGCCGAGUACCAUUACUUCCAGAGGGACAAAGUGGAGGUGCAGCUGCCAGAGCUCUACCACAAAAUAGGCGUGGGAGCUAUGACCUGGUCCCCCUUGGCUUGUGGAUUAAUCACAGGGAAGUACAGCGACGGCGUGCCCGAGUGCUCGAGAGCGGCCAUGAAGGGGUACCAGUGGCUGAAGGAACGGGUGAACAGUGAGGAGGGCAGAAGGCAGCUGGCUAAAGUGAAAGAACUCCACCUACUGGCCGACCGCCUGGGCUGCACUGCUGCACAAUUAGCCAUUGCCUGGUGUCUGCGUAGUGAAGGAGUCAGCUCGGUGCUCCUGGGGGUUUCAAAUGCCGAUCAGCUGGUGGAGAACUUGGGCGCCCUGCGGAUAUUAUCCCAAAUGACCCCUCAAACCAUCACUGAGAUUGAUGCUCUGUUGGGUAACAAGCCACAUUCGAAGAAGGAGUCCCGUGCUUGA